AUGUUUAGAUUAGCGUCAGCGACGUCCUCGGCUCUUAGUCGUGGCGUAAACAGACGCCUUGUUAGAUCUGUUUCAUACCUUCUUCCUUCCAUCUCCACCUUGGAGAACAUCAAACUUGCCAAUAAAGGAUUUGAAGGUCUAUUCACUGCCGAGACCUUGGACCAGCUCUGGUUCCAGCAGGGCCAAGCCAUUAUCGAUAAACUCAACUCUGAACUCAACCUGAAAGUUAUUGCUAAUGCUCCAGCAGACUUGGCUGGUUUAAUCACCUUGAGCUUCAGUAAUCCUGACUUACAAGACAUCUAUGAAGAGGCUCUGAAAUUGCACAACUUGCAAUUCGUUAUGGAAUCUAUAAGUCCUCUGGGUGCCAAUGCUAUCGGAAAACCUGAUGCUCUGGCUCUUCUAGAAACACCAACCACCAAGACAGAGUUCACCAAUGAACCUACACAAGCUGAAUUAAGAGAAUGGAUCAUAGACUCUUUCGGUUCUAUUGCCGAGUUCAGAGCGCUUUUGCUCAACAGUGCCAAAGGUAUCAAAGGUAAUGGUCUUACUUGGUUGGUUGCACAGGCCACAUACUCUGAAACCGCCAGGAAGGCCAGUUCAGGCAUUUCAUCGCCAGAGACUUCAUUCAAUAAGUUGGCUGUGAUGAACACUUACAACGCCGGUACUAUCGAUGAUACCCUCCGCUCGGGCCAAAUUACAAAAUUGAAAGAGCAAGAACAGGCUAAGAAGGAGGCUCUUAAGAAGAGACAACAGGAGAGACUGGAAAUAGAGGGCACCGAAGUUGAACCAGAAGCUGAAGUUGAAUCUCAGGCUUCCAAGCAGGACGCUAACUUCUUGGGUACUAUUGAAGAGGCAGAAGAAGCCUUCUCCUUCAGUGAUAGAAAGCUUAUGCCUCUUUUGGCCAUUGAUGCAUCCAUGAAAUUCUACGUUCCAGACUACGGUGUGUUUGGUAAGGCCAAAUACUUGGACAAUGUGUGGGAUUGCAUUAACUGGGACGUUGUGGCUACCAGAACACCAAAGCGUUUCAAGCCAUCCAUCGCCUUCGAUAACUGA